AGUUGCACGCCGAGUCCCCGCCCCCGCCUCCCCGCCGCCGCCGCCGCCGUCCCCGCCUCCCCGCCGCCGCCGCCGCCAUGUCGCCGCUCGCCCGCUCGCUGCUCGCGCUCGCCGCGCUGAUCGCCACCGCCGACGCACAGUACCGCCAAUGCACCACAAAAGUUACAAAAUCUAAGGGUUUGAUAACCGAUAAUCCUGUACCACUAGUGCCAGCACACGUACCGUUCCCGGGGGGACUAAUACGAGUUCCUGAUUAUGGUGCUUGCGGAUAUUCGAAACCGCCUGUGGGUGAGAAGGUGAUUUGUUGCAACUCCACCACGUCCGGCAAGUAUCCCCCGCCCGACGUCGAGUUCUUCGCGGGCAGCCUCGACUUCGUCGUCAAUAAUACUGAUCCGAUGGGAAGCGACUGUUCCAUCACCCAAUACUGUCUCUGAUUAUAAUAACAUUUUAAGCGUUCACGUUCUGUAUGCCUACGGAUCACUCGUUUUGAUUUAUACCUAUGGCUAUUGACAAACGGACACCACUUAUAGUCUAUUUUUGAUUUGUUUCGUAUUAUUAUGUUUGUAUAAAUGCAACGUGCACUAGCUGUUUACUGUUGUGGCUCUUCUAAGAUACAUAAUAAGUUUCAAAAUUAUUACUCUUAUUUUUAGUAAAGUGCACUAUGUGGAUACAAAUAAAGAUUUCAUUGCA